GCCAUUUUGAAUUUUGGGUCUUUUUUCCAACAUAUCAAACAUUCCGGAGUAAGACAAGAUAAAUGGUACAAUAAUAAGAACUGAAUGGGUCUUAGGGAAAAAAAUGACGUUCCAUCCCUGGAGAAGUUUAUCAUGGUCGCAAAAAUGACAAAAUCUUCGUAACUGUGUCUGAAGAUGCGCUGUGUUAUUCCAGGCAGAUCAGUGAAAUUGUUCGCGAAAGCAAUCCAUUGUUUAUCGAAGAUUGGUAAUGAGCUGUAUCUGGAGGCUCUUUCAGAAGGGCUUGCAUUAAGGACAGUCAGCUCAUGUCGCUCUGCAUAUGCUUGUUUUCUUUUCAAUGAGAGUUUUUUCAUUAGUUACGAUGGUGGAUCAAAUGAACUGCCAGAGGACUCUGAAGAAGAGGAUUUAAUCAAAUGCAAGAUUGCCACAAAGUCGUGCCUGUCAGCUUUUAAAUCUGUGAACACGAUUGAGAAAACAGUGGAUCAGUGCAAGAUUGAUCUGAAUGUCAGAGAGGCCAGGCUGGUUUUCCUGUUCUACUGCAGACAUGGCAUUACAAAGACUUACAACUUAACAUUUCAAGAGUGUGAAACUUUGCAAGCUGUGUUUGCAAAAGACUUGUGUCCAAAUUUUAUGACAACUCAAGCCAAAAUCCUCAAUGAUGUAGUGUUUAAUUUCCCAAGCAACCAAGAAGAAAUCACUCUUGUCGUCUGUCCUGAGACCUUAAAAGUCAAGAAUUAUGUGGAUGAUGAGCCUGACCCAAAUCGAGUCAUACACACAGAAAUGAUGCUGGUCCCAGAAGAGUUUGAUAACUAUCAAAUUGGAGUUGAUACAGAGGUUACAUUUUGUCUCAAGGAACUAAGGGCUAUUUUGACAUUUGCUGAGUUUGCAAGUCAACCAAUAAAUAUGCAUUUUGAAACCAGUGGAAGACCCAUAGUGUUCAGUAUGGAUGGAGACUCAACUUAUGAAGCUGACUUUGUACUGGCAACUUUAGUUGAUCACCAGUCCUCCACCCAAUCAUCUCAAGCAUCUGUCACAGCAGCACCCUGCACAUUGGCUAAAAGAGUUCCAAAAGACAAGGAUAUCAAAUGCUCUGCAAAAACAGAUCCAACAACAAAGCCUGAUCAUGUUAAACAGAAAGUUGGUGCCAGGUCACAUAACAACACAGUGCAGAACUCCAAGACCAACAAUCAUUACAAUGAGUCCAUGUUUAGUGAAGGCAAUAAUGAUGAUGACAUGGACAUGACAGAGACUGAUAAAGUCUUGUGUGAUGGUAAAGUUCCAGUGCAAUCUAAAAGUACUGAAGGAAAAGCUGAUAACAAGAAAGGUCAGAGGGAUUCUGAGACAGCCGCAGAGGUGACAAGCCAAAGAAGUAAAGAUGCCAGUAAAUCAGUUCUGGAUGACUUCUUUAGUGACUCAUUUCCUUAUCAAGAUGUGUUUAGAACUGGGAAGAAAGAUCUUUCAGUCAUCCCUGAGGCCAGUCAGGAAAGUGCUAACACUUCUGUCCGUGGUAGUGCUCGACCCAUACAGACCCCACCCAGUUCAGUUACAGAUGUAUCAUUUAUGAAGAAUUUGGACAUGCCCUCCCUGGGUGACAGUUGUAUCAGCUCUGAGGACAACUCGUUAAAUCCAAGUGGACACAAAAAGACAAAGAGACGUCAAGUGGUGCCUGAUGACAGCUUGAUGGAUGUAGAUGCUGAUGAAGAUUAUGAUUUUGUUCCGGGAACUCCGCCCCACAAAAAGUUUAAAUCUAUGUUUUUCGCCGCUUCUAAACAGCAAGGUGCGUUAGAAGGUGAAGUGCUUGCAGCAGAUAGCGAUGAAGACUAAAAACUUGUCACCCAAGCAUUGUUGAUGCCGCGGAGGUAACUCAUAGUCUCUGAAAAGAAAGGAAAAUAUUGCAAUCUGACUAAACCAUCUCUCAGUCAUAUCGGAAGCAUACCAAGAGGAAAGAGGAUAUGUACUUUUCGUUCUCUUGCUAGACCGGCCAUGAACACUCAACACUUUUUUAUGACAGUUCAGCUUGAAAUAGCUAUGUUACCAGCAAAUGUCUGACUUAUUUCUUGUCAGAUUUACAAAAAAUGUAACCAUGAAAGAUAGUCCUAACCCAACGUUUAAAAAAUGGUGACAGCUUUCACUUAAAUGCCUAUUACUUUAUAACUGAAGAAUACAUAUUGCAUAGUCAUUUCUUAGAGUCAUAUUUCAUCUUGAUCAAAUAAGGCCCUUUGACUUAUCGCUACUUCUUGUUUCAUUGAUGAAAGUCACUGAUGAAUCAUUGCAAAUAAAUAUUUACUUAAUGUCA